ACGUAUAGUGGUGUGCGUAGUAAUGGUGCGGUUUCAUUAACGGAGCGGGAGCGUUUUGUGCAAAGCUGGGUACGCAACGCCACGGCGUCUUCGGUGGAGGGACGCGGGGGUGCGGGCGGGACGGCCGAGCCCGCGCCCUCACCCGUACCCGACGCGGAGGCGCCCGCACGCCGUCGUCGCCAUCGCCCGCUCUACCGCCGCCUCUUUCACUAUGUCCGUACCGCUUGGACCGGCGUCAAGUUUGCACUAGGUCUCACUGCGCAGUCAGAAAAUUCGGAAUUCGAGGAGUUGGGUGAGCAACUACCUCGUUACAGGCCGGACUCCAUAGCUGCGUUACGACGGGCCACGCGCUUCACAGAACCCGAGCUCAAGAGACUUUACCGAGGUUUCAAAGCAGAAUGUCCGACCGGCGUUGUAAAAGAAGACACCUUCAAACUUAUUUACUCACAGUUCUUCCCCCAAGGAGCUAAUACCGCCCAAUACGCGCACUAUGUAUUCAACACAUUGGACCAAGACAGAAGUGGAUUGUUAAGUUUUGAGGAGUUUGUGACUGGAUUAUCGAUCCUGUCGAGGGGAACUUUGGAAGAAAAGCUGCGAUGGACUUUCUCUUUAUAUGAUAUUAACGGCGACGGUUACAUUACCAAAGAAGAGAUGACAGAAAUUGUUUCAGCGAUAUACGAUCUCAUGGGCAAGAUCGUUGAACCCAUCGUCGAUGACGACGUAGUUAGAGAUAAAGUUGAAAGACUAUUCCAGAAAAUGGAUCUGAAUCGCGAUGGUGUGCUAACAUUGGACGAAUUUCUGGAUUGCUGCCUACGCGACGAAGAAAUUUCCAGAUCAAUGGGUGUCUUUGACAGCAACUUCUGACAACCCGCGACUGGCGCACGACCGGCCCGCCGUGCUCCUUUACCAUACUCAUAAAAAAAACAUAAUAAAUCUAUUUACUUACCUA